AUGGCAUCUUUCCUUGACCCUCUUCUGAUUGAAGAUCUAUCGGCAGAGUUGAAGAAGGUACAUCGCGUUAUCGACGACCUGACCAUCAAGAGUAAUCUGAUUGCUUACCACCGCAAAGCGGAGCUUGAGCGAUUACACACCAUGUUGGGCACUCUUCAAAGCCGUGCCUCGAACAUUGAACAUAACUCAUUGGAGGAGACCAGCGUGGUAACCUUAGAUGCACCUCACGACUUUGUCCCGGAAAAUGCAGGAGCAACUUUCAGUAUCGACACCAGAAGGAUUCGACGGAUCAUUUGA